AUGAUUUAAGAAAAUGAUUAAUACCAAAUAUAUGAAAAGAUGAUUGAUAGGAUAAGUGAAUUGUUGAUAACAUUUGAUAAAUAGUUAUCUUAAAAUUUAACAGUCGCAAUGCUUGUAGGAUAUACAGCAAAUGGGAAAAGCACCUUAUUUAAUUUCCUCUCAGGGUUUGAAUUCUAAAUAAAAUAAGAAGAAAAUAAAAAAUCUAAAUUUCUCGCUCUAAAAUACCCUAAUCAAAAAUAUGCUUCAGAUAUGGCGAAUGGAGUAAAAUCAGUAACAAAGGAACCUCAUUAUUACUAUAAUAAAAAUAAUAACUGCUUAUUAAUUGACUUUCCUGGAUUUAAUGAUACGGAAGGAGCUAUGUCAUAAUCUUUUAUAUCAAUCUUGUUCAAUAGAUUAGUGAUAAAAACUCCUAUUAGAAUCAUUAAUGUUAUUAAAACUACUGAUGGAAUUUUGCCUAAUAGAGCUACUGAAAUUUAGAGCUUUAUUGCUCGAUGCUUUGGCUAAAAAACAUCAGACUUUUCCUCAGUAACAUUAGUGCUCAAUUAGUAUAUGGAUGAUUUAAAUGAUAAAGAUCUUAUUGUUGAUGUAAAAUAUUAAUUGAGCGAAUUUUAAGAAACAGCAAAUGAAAAUAUAGCAGUAAUAAGAAAAAUAAAAGAUGACAGAGACCUUGAAAUGAUAUUUAACUAAGCAAAUAGAAAAUAAAUAUGGAAAGUUAUUGAAAAAUCAAAUCCGAUCAAAUUUAAACCAACUCAAUUUUAAAAAUAAGCAGAGCUAGCAAACUUAAUUCAUAACAAAUGCAAUUCAAUUAUGUAAAAUUUAGUUAGCGAAAUCUGUUGGCAUAUCGAUAAUUUUCUGAAUAAUUUAAAUUAAUAAAGUAUAGAAGCGUUGUAUGAGAAAUUUUACAUCAUAGAAUUACUUAUAAAAAAAUAGCUUCAUCUAAACGCUUUUUCUUGGCAUCUUGAAUUAUUAGAUUAAAUGUAAGAGAUUGCAGCAAUAUUAGGGUGGAAAAAUAAUUAGAAAAUCGAAAUUGACAUCUUUUUAAAGAUUUUUAAAUUUGUAUCGUAAGAAGAAGAUAUUAUUUAAAUCAAAGAUUUCUUAAAGAUUAAUUCAUAAUUACUCCAAAACAAUUUAAUCAUUCAAAAGUAAACAAUAAUGAAUAGGAUGUUAGCAAUUGAGAAAAAAUAACUUUAAGAUUAAAAAGAACGAUAAAAAAUUUAAAAUGAAAAUCUUUUACGUUAAUAACAGAUCGAUCAAAGUAAAAAGGAUUUAGAAUCUUUAAAUUACAGGCGUACCUAGUUGUUAAAUGAAUAAACCCAAAUUAAAGACUGUUUGUUUUAAGAUAAAUACAAUAAAUAAUGUUUUAAUUAUUCUGCAUCUUAACCUACAAACUAGGCUUUUGGACAAAAUUACCCUGUAACCAAAUUAUCCACAACAUCCCUAUAAUAACAAUUGGAUAGACAAUCGUGCAUUUUAAUAUGA